AGGCCCUGGCUGCGGAAUGGGCGGCCCCAUGGGUGGUGGCAUGGCCAUGGGUGGCAAUAUGGGCGGCAACAUGAGCGGCAACAUGGGCGGCAACAUGGGUGGCAACAUGGGUGGCAACAUGGGCAUGGGAGGAGGCGGGUGUGCUUUAGGGGUUGAGGAGCCAUUCGCUGGUGGAACUGCUGCUGGGAUACAGCACGAAAGCUGAUAUUCAGGAUGUGCCCUGUAUAGUGGGUUGAAACCUAAUCCAGGUGUUUGAUCCCAUAUGCAAGAACGUACGAAGAGGUGCGUUUGGCUGCGAGUCGUGGCCAAGAUCUGAAGAUUCUGGAUACCUCAUGUCAAGGAGACAGGAGCCAACGACAAAGGCCUCAAAGAGGAAUCGUGUCAUUGCUAUUCAUUGCAAAGAUUACAAACAUCACUGAUGCUGUCGUUGUGUUGAGAUUGUAGCAAGUCAACACCCACAAUCAUAUUAAAACCAGUUUUGGGCUGAUGGUCACAGCUGAAAAACAACUUUGUAAGAACAGCGUAGGGAGGUCGAGUCGCGUGUGUGGUUCCCACCUUCGCUAGCUUGUCAAUGAGGAAGUUGCAGAUGGGCAUUAAAGGAGUGAAGCUUCGGUCAGACGGGUCCCAUGUUUCUUCAGACAGCAGAAACGAGGGUGCACUAAGAACAUCAUUUCUUUCCCAAAAAGGACCGGGAAGGGUUUGAUGGCGAUCUCGUAUAAACGAGGGACGCCAGACCCUGGUCCCGUGGCACAGGAUGUGGUGGCAUGAGCGGCAUGGGCGGCAUGAGUGGAGGUCCCAACAUGGGCAUGACGGGCAUGGGCCCAGGCUUGGGUCCCAUGGGUUCUCCACCGCGCCCGAGCUACGGGCUGGGUGGUGCACCGGGCGGCGGCUGUGGACUUGGAGGGCCCCCGCAUGCAGCGCCGCCAGCCACCUUUCCUCAAUUGUCGCAGGCGCCUCCAGCACCGCCGCCCUCCCUGCAGGUGGCCGCGCCGGCGCCUGCCCCGGCACCCGUAGCACCUGCAGCGCCCAAAGCUGAAGCACCAGGUCCCAGCGGUUCAGACAAGCAAGACUUCAAUGCAAUGUUGCGAGAGGCAGCCAGGGCGGCUGAGGCGACCAUUGGGAUGUCGAAUACUCCCAAGCCGAGCACUCCAUCAGCUGGCGUGCCACUAUUGUGAUGUGGGGUCAACAAUACCAGGACACAGGAUGCUUUGCCAGAGGAUUCAUG